GUCACUGCUGCUGCCGGCGUCUCUCUCUCUCACAUGCAAACUGUAUUUAGCGUCUCAGCCCUCGGAGACACAGAAGAGGAACUGUGGUUCACACUGAUGCUUCUGCUCCUCAGAGAGACUUUAUCUGCCCUUUACUGCAUCCUCUUUCUGACCAUCCAUCCAUCCAUCAUCCAUCCAUCCAUCAGCCACCUGCAGCUGGAGCCACAUCAUGAGCAUGAAGAAACUGACUUUCAAGUGGUUCGGCAGCCUCACCAACCUCACCUUCCGCCGAUCCACCGACAAAUCUCCGUCGAAGUCUGGGUGCGAUUUACCUGGAGAUGGCGGUGACCUCUCAAAGAUCCUGGCUCCGGUUGUUGAGACGACAGUGGACGACUUGGGCGCCAUGCGUCCUCGCACUGCCAGCUACGUGCGCUCCAGUGAGAGCUACACGCACAUGGGCACGUUGCCACGGCUACUGUGGAAGAAGAAGAGUAAUAAAGGAGGCCCCAGCAACAGUAAGAAGGGCAGCAUCAGCAGAAGUCAAAGCCAGCGACCUGUAGGGUUCAAAGACCGUGACCCCCCGAGAAUCAAGGCCUCCCCCUGCAAAGAGACCGGGGAUGAAGCUGAGGUUAAAGCAGACACAGGGACGAUCAGUCAGGAUUCUGUCUCUGACCUCAACACUCAGCUUGAACCUUCAGCUGAAGCCACAACAACCCAAAACAUCAUCUCUGCACCUCCAGCUGCCUGCAAAGAUGUGGCGCCAUCUAGUGCCUCAAGCGCUGCACUCCAAACAGAGAGGACAUGCGACAAGGAAGUAAUCACCCAGGAAGGUGCAGACAUGGACCCUGAGGAGACCCCACCACUUCCUCUCCGCCGGGGGAAGGAGCAGACUCAUGAGGGUGAAGGGUCAGAGUCUGGGAUUUUAUCUGAGGUCACAGGGAGCAGAGAAGAUGAAGGAGACUCCAGCCGCACUCACAGCCACAUGGAGCCAACUGACGGCCAGGCUGAAUAUGUCCAGUUCUCCAAGGAGAAGUACCUGCUGGAGUCACCUCCAGAGAAACUUCGCAAGGAGCUGGAGGAGGAGCUGAAACUGAGCCCUGCUGACAUCAGGAGCCAUGGCUGGUACCAUGGGCACAUACCCAGAGAGGUGUCAGAGACUCUGGUUGUGCGUAACGGAGAUUUCCUGGUGCGGGACUCUCUGACCAGUGUGGGUGACUAUGUUCUGACCUGUCGAUGGAGCAAUGAAGUGAUGCACUUCAAGAUCAGCAAAGUCCUGGUCAAAUCCAAUGAGACCAAGGUGCAGUACAUGUUGGAGACUGACAGCUUCGACUCGGUCCAGGAGCUUGUGCGUUUCUACAUAGGCCAGCGCAAACCGGUCUCCCAGGCCAGCGGCGUCCACAUCUACUGUCCCGUGAGCAGGACUCUCCCCCUGCGCUACCUGGAGGCCACCUUCUCACUGUCCAACAGCAAGGACUACCACGGCUCGGCCUACUCGCCGUCCAGUCAGAGGGGAGCGUACAUCAAGAGGCGCAGCGUCACGAUGAACGAUGGGCUGACGACGGAGAAGAUGAUGCCUCACAGUGAUGACUCAGACAGUCCCAGCCCGGUUGAGACACCGGUGGCACCACCAGAUCCAGAGCCGGAGCCUGUGCCCAUCUGCAGCCCGUCGACAAUCCACCACCACAAAGACGCAAUGCGGAACUGUGCGAUGAGCAUGGACCAGAUCCAGGAGUACCGCUGCCCCCUGUCACCCGUCGGGGAGACCCCACUCUCUCCUGCGUAUAGUGCUAUUACCAGGCAGAGAGCGCUCUCAAGCGGGCGCGUCCUGGCCGUCAUCCCACCCUCCCCAGUGAUGCGUCACUCCAGCGACCCUCAGCUCAGCCCCUUGGCCGGUACCAACCCUCCGGAGCAUCCCGCUCAUACCUCACACUCGGCGCACUCCUCGCCCGCCCAUCAUCCCGGGUACCAAUCCCAUUCCUCGGAGACGGCGGGGAGCUACUGUGACCUCAGACCUUGCCCUGGACCCCCCAAGCCCCCGGCUAAGGGCUACGUGGAGCGGUUGCGGGUCGAGGAAGGGAGGGAGGAGGCAGCGAAGGAGGAAGGAGAUGGGAUGUUCUCCGCUCCACAGGUGGAGAGGACAUCCUCAUUCAGGCCGUCCAGGUACGAGUCGUGCCUCAUGCCGGCUGAGAACAAGCCUCUGGAGAUGUCGGUGCUGAAGAGAGUCAAAGAGCUGCUGGCGGAGGUGGAUGCCAGGACGGCGGCCAAACACAUCACCAUGGUGGACUGCACGGUGGCCAGAAUAUUGGGUGUAACCUCAGAGACGCAAAGGAUGAUGGGAGUGUCGUCAGGGCUGGAGCUACUGACGCUUCCACACGGACACCAGCUGAGACUUGACCUACUGGAGAGGUUCUACACCAUGUCCAUCAUGAUGGCAGUGGACCUGCUCGGCUGUACUGGAAGCACGGAGGAGAGAGCGGCCCUGCUCCAUAAAACCAUCCAAUUAGCAGCCGAGCUGAAAAGCAACAUGGGGAACAUGUUUGGCUUCGCUGCUGUGAUGAGAGCCCUGGAGCUGCCACAGAUUUCCCGCCUGGAGCAGACGUGGGUGACGUUACGGCAGAGACAUACAGAGGGCGCUAUUCUAUACGAGAAGAAACUCAAACCUUUCAUGAAGAAUAUGAACGACGGCAAAGAGUCCGGUGCUCUGUCCAACACGUCCUUCCCCCACAUCAUUCCCGUCCUGUCCCUGUUGGAGCGCGGCCUGGCUCUCGGGGAGGCGCUGGAGCCGUGGGAGAGUGCCGAGGUCGGAGUGGACGUGGUCAUGUACCACCUGGAGGCAGCUCGCACCAUCGCACAUCACGGGGGAAUCUACAGAAACAACACUGAGGGCAAACUGCAGGGGCUCCAGGAGCAAUCAGAAAUACACGAGAUCUUCCAGACGGAGUUCCAGAUGCGCCUCCUGUGGGGCAGCCGCGGCUCCGAGGGCAGCCAAUCAGAGCGCUACGAGAAGUUCGACAAGGUUCUCACUGCCCUGUCACACAAGCUGGAGCCGCCCGUGCGCCACAGCGAGCUAUAACACUCACCUCAGUGCCCGUCAUCGAAAAAAAAAAUUAACCCCCUCAUCUGCACUCCCUACUCAUAGUCGUACGGCCUUGUUUUGCAUCGCAGAGGAUGAUGUGGAAGAGUCCAGUAUGAACGCUGGGAGGGGUCAGAGUGAACGAAGAGGCAGCUACGUGUGCGUUGAGCACUAGGAACACAGAAAAGAGGGUUAUGCACUUAUAAUGUGUCGCACUGACUGUGGACUCCAAACACUCCCUGUGGAUUUUCCUCACUUCAAAAAAUGUAAAAGGCAACAAAGAGGAGACAAGAGGAGAAGAAUACGGGGGGGAGACGGGUGACUCGCUCCUGUGCUUGGUACAAAUGGUCCCAUGUACGGUGUCCCCCGAGGGCCAAACAGGACUCCAAUAAAACACAGACACUCUCUUGUUUCAAACUGCUGCUGUCGCACACUGUAGCAGAAAAGACAGCAGUAACUUAACAUGGCUCAUACAUCAGAUGGAUGCUUUGUCUGUGUGUGUGUGUGUGUGUGUGUGUGUGUGUGUGUGUGUGUGUGUGUGUGUGUGUGUGUGUGUGUGUGUGUGUGUGUGUGUGUGUGUGUGUGUGUGUGUGUGUGUGUGUGUGUGUGUGUCAGUCUGUGCACAUGUAUGUAUGUUUACACUGUGUUUCUGUGCGUCAUUAAUCUUCAAUGUGGUUUUUUUGUCUUAUUUAUUUGAUAUGAUCAAACCAUAUCUGCAUAUUUUAGACUUUGCUUCACCAAACUCACGAGAAUCUGACGGUGCUCGUUCUGAGGGAACCGUGUUCAAUGAAAUCCCAUUAACUAUGUAUCAAGCAGUCCCAUUAAACCCCAUUAAAAAUGUAUCAGGCCUGCAUUAAUAAAUGCAUCAGAAAUGAAAUAUUUGCAAUAGUAACACUGCAACUUUAGCGGGUUUUAGCGAGUCGCUAAAAAACAUUAAGGACAAAGCAAACCUCAUGUUGUAGCAUUUUGAAAAAUACAUUUGAUAGUCUUGAGCACAAAGUGAAGCUUAACGCAAGCAUUUUAAAGAGUUAAAGGAAGGUUUCACUUAGAAUAGAAACAUGUGUGACACUAGCGUCAUUCAUGUGGAGCUGCAAUUUGUAGAAAUCAUAAAAAAAGUAAAAUGUUGCUAUAAACCACAGCCCGUAAAUAAAGAUGGACAACACUCCUCCACUUCCUCCCUCCGAAGAAAUGAAGCCAACAUAUCCCUGAUGUGAACGCUGCCAUCUUGUGCAACUAAUUAAAACCAAACUUACUGCAAAAUGAUAUAAAAUCAAAACAUCGGUUUGAUAAGAACCACCUAAAAUGUGAAAGAAAAAUUCUACUACUUUUGGGUACUUUGACUUUUUAGUUUGGUCCAUGUCCCGUCCACCAACAUGGAGGAGUUGGUUGUCAGGAGUACCUAUACUCCUGACAACCACCAGGUGGCGAUCAAGACAUUUUGGCUUCACUUUUGGGGAGCAGCCAUGUCGUCCAUCUUUAUAUAAAGUCUAUGCUUUAAACUAUUAAUUUAAUAUGAAGAUGUGUCAAAAUUGAGAAUUAUACAGAUGAUUCGGUGAAGAUAUUUCCUGUCUGUGGAUAAUCUUUAAUGUAUGACAUCUUUCAUCUUAUUUCUGUUUGGAAAUAUUCCAAACUAAGGAAAUUGAUUCCACAUCCCUGCUACAGAGAGCCAGUGUCUGUUUUAAAUUUGUGUUUCUGCAAGAGAGCCUAAAAGAUCCGAAUUGUGUUGUCACAUUUGGUUUGAAUUUCCGUUGACUAUUCCCUGUUAAAUCAUCGCUGUACUUACAGCACGUGGCCCUGAGGUGGCUGGAGCCAACUGUCAGGCCUAUGCAAUCAUUUAUUUUCAUCAUGCAUUUAACUUUUCUUAUCCAAACUGAUAAUCUAUAUAUGAAUGAAACUCACAUCAGGUAUCAAUAAAUAAUUCCAAAAAAAAAAAUACAUAUAUAUAACUCUGCCCCAGAGUUCAUGGAUGUGUGAAUGUGCCACUCUCUGGUCUGAACCAUAUUUGAAGUGAGCUCACGUGUCAGUUCCCACUGUUGUCCAGCAGGGGGUAAUGUUUAUUCAGCAUAAAACACUGAAUCACUAUCUGUAACACAAUUUAACAGGAACACACACACACAAGUGAAAGCAUUAAUUGUGUGUGUUUUGAGACCAAGGUGAGGCCUGCUGGUUUAGGUUUGAUAUGUGCAAACUGGUGAUGAAGAUGAUGAUGUGAUGUGUUUAAUUGGCGUCUGCUGAAUGCUGUACAGGAAUGCUCGGUACUUGGAUCCUCCUGUUGUGUCUGACGGGGCCUUGAAAAGCAAAAAAGACAAGAAACGAUUUAGGACUGAUCUCAUGUUUUUUUUACGUACUGUACAUAACGACUCGUUUUUUUUCAAAUAAAAUAAUUGCUUGUC